AUGCCUCCUAGACAGGACCCAACUAACGCUCAGCUCGCUCAGGCCAUGGCUCAAUUGGCCCAAGUGGUGGCUCAGCAGGCCAAUGCUAGUGUUACGAUGGCCGCUGCCCAAGCUCAGAGAGAGGCUGAAGAACAUGCCAGAAGGGCGCAGAGGUUGGAACGGGAGCUGAACCAGGAUCAGGUCAGGAUGAGAACUGAUUUCAAUCGGCAGAACCCGCCAAAGUUUGAAGGGGAAGUUGAACCCGAGAAAGCGGAUCUUUGGAUCCAAGAGCUGGAAAAGAUUUUUGAAGCUUUGCACACAACUGAUGGAGAGAAGGUGAAUCUCGCUACCUUCAUGCUGAAAGAGGAUGCAGAGUACUGGUGGAGGAGCACCAGGCUGUUGAUGACGACUAACCAGGUGGCUAUUACCUGGGAUUCAUUCAAAACAGCUUUUCUGAACAAGUACUUUCCAGAGACUGCAAGAGAUGAUAUGGAGAACCGUUUCCUCAGACUGAAACAAGGAAGCAUGACUGUUGGGGAAUAUGCAGCCAAGCUGGAGAGUCUGUCGAAGUACUUUCGCUUCUUCCGAGAACAAGUUGAUGAAGGGUAUCUCUGCAACCGUUUCAUGAUUGGUUUGAGGGAUGAAAUUGAGGAGUCCGUCAGACCUUUGGGAGUCAGAGUCUUUCAACAACUGGUUGAGAAGUCUCGCGAGGUUGAGGUCAUGAAGAAUCGUCGAGGGAACCGACAGGAAAGUGGAGGGCCAAUCAGGUCUGGUCAGAAACAAGCUGGGAAGACUGAAAAGGGUAGGGCUGGUCAGAAGAAGCCUUAUUAG